GAGCCGGUCCGCGUCUGCAGCCCCGCCUGCGGUCCCGUCUCCCGUGAGAGAUCGACCAGUGAGGAACAGCGUAUACCGCGCUUGCGUGCAUUUACCAGGACCGUCACAAGCAUCGUUUGUGCUGCACGGGGACCCAAAAGUAAAGCAUAUUGUGAUUUCAUUUUCAAGGAUUUGAACCAAACAUGGCACGCUCAUCUGAUCGCCGGCCGAGACCGCCUUACGACCCGGCCAUCGAUUCGGUGCUCGUGACGCUCGGCCACGGCCCCGAUCGCUAUGAGGUUGAAAAGGUGCGAACGGUGUCCGCCUGUCGGACCAAGCCGCUCACAGCUGCCUUGAUGGCAGAUAAGAACGUCCGUAUCGAGGAUGAGACGAUUCCUGGCCCCGGUGGCAAGGACAUGGCGGUCUCCAUCGUGAGACCCAGAGUCGAAUCCAACAUCAAAAGACUGCGCCCUGGCAUCUUCUACAUCCAUGGAGGCGCCUUGAUAUCCUGUAAUCGGUUCGCAGGUCUCGACACUAGUUCAGUAUGGGCGAAGGACCUGGAAGCCAUUACCAUUAGCGUCGAGUACGGCCUGGCGCCGGAGAAUUCGGGUGACCAACUAGCGAGCGACUGCUAUGCUGCUCUCCUCUGGGCUGAGGAGAACCUUGUCAGGCUAGGAAUCGAUCCUGGUCGCUUCGUUUUAUAUGGAACCUCUGCCGGUGGUGGCUUGGCGGCUGCUACCGCGCUCAUGGUCCGGGAUAAGGGAGGGCCCAAGCUCUCUGGGCUAUUCCUGGAAUGUCCAAUGCUCGACGACAGGAACGACACCAUCUCCGCCCAGCAGUACACGAACGGCCCCUUCUACAACUCUACCAUGAACAGGUUCGCCUGGAGUUGUCUCCUGGGCGACCGCGUCGGCACCAACGCCGUCUCUGAGUACGAGGCUCCGGCCAGGGCCACAGAUCUCGGCGGCCUACCCGCCACAUUCAUCGACUGCGCUUCGGCAGAGCCAUUCCGGGACGAGAUUGUGAUGUUCGCCUCACGACUGUGGGCUGCAGGGGUUUGUGCCGAGCUGCACAUCUGGCCUGGGGGCCCCCACGGCUACGAUCGAAUAGCGCCGGAUGCGCCGAUGUCGAAGCAGGCCCGGGAAACCAGGUUAUGCUGGCUUCGUAGGGUCUUCACGCGGGGCAUCUAACAUCCCGCAUCAUCGUUGAUGCUACCUAUACUACACUUAUAACAGCUUUCACGAGUUGCUUUUUUGGGUAAUGGCCAGGCUUGAUCAUGUACCCUUGUGAUUUUAAAGGAGGACGAUAAGAGUGUUGUUCUUAAUGGGGGUCUUCGUUUGUGGAAGGUCCAUACAGAACAAGUGUGUAAUAAUUAUGACGGUGGUGUUGUCUUAUCUCGGGGCGUUAUCACUUCCGGUAAACUCCGAAGCCGGUUGGCAGGCUUUUUUAAUCUCUCUCUUUUUUCUCUUUUCUCUCUUGAAGGAGCGUAUUAACACCCCUGUAAGAUUCACCCCGGAGCUACAGCAAACACUGGCUGGAGGUUGUAAGAGUUGAUUUGGUGUUGCGUAUGUGCAAGAUACCCCAUAUACUUUGAUCUACUGGGAUCAACACGGUGUAUUCGGGCGAUAUCCCGAGACAGGAAGUUGAUUAAAUGCGAAAAAGAGAUGACGACGCAACGGACAGAUGGAAUGGUGACUUUGGCCGGUGCUGGUAUUUUGGGAGCAAGGGACGGAAAAUGGAGGGUUCAGCGAGUGCACGGAUGCUUCCUUAGUCUGGCCGAAUAGUUAUAAAUAAAAUAAAAUACAUUAUUCUGCGCAUCAUACAUACAUUGCCAUG